AUGCAAGGCACAUAUCAUGAUAUUUUAAAAAUAUUGGAAGCGGCCAAUCAAUUUAACCUAAAGCUAAAAAGGUUUAAUCUUUGCAAAUCAUCUAUGCAGGUCUCAAAACCUUUGCGUUCUUGUAUAGAGGAAGAUGAUAAUGCCACAAUCUUGAAAGAAUCAUUAGAUUACUUAUUUCAAAAAAUAGGUCAAAGAUUUAGCAUUCCUACUAUCUUUUGA